AUGGGAGAGUCAAUUCCCAUUCGUCUGUUCCUGAGUGGGUACGACCUCACGCCCACCAUGCGGGACGUCAACAAGAAAUUCUCUGUUCGUUACUAUGUCAACCUGGUUCUGGUGGACGAGGAGGAGAGGAGGUAUUUCAAGCAACAGGAGAUAGUCCUGUGGAGAAAAGCUGACCCAAAAGCAGCCAGAAACAGCUGCCAGAUAGAGCUCUACUUCGACCGAGGAAACCACCACGACUUCCUGUCUCUGGUGAGGCAGCUCUCUCCUCCGGGGGAACUGACUCAGUCCGCUGUGUUUGAUUUCGAGUUUCAUCACGUCGAGAAACCCUACGAGUCGUACACCGGGACCAAUGUCAAGUUGAGGUAUUUCCUGCGGGUGGUGGUGGUGAGGAGACUCUCGGACCUGACGAAGGAGCUGGACCUGGCCGUCCACGCCCUCUCCUCCUUCCCAGAGAUGGUCAACUCUCUCAAGAUGGAGGUGGGCAUCGAGGACUGUCUGCACAUUGAGUUUGAAUACAACAAGUCCAAGUGA